AUGUUCUUCCCCCAAGAACGAAAACGACAAAUAAACCUUGGUGGAUCAUCAUCCAACACAAGCCUCGCGUCUAUUACCGAUCAAGCGAAAGCCAGGAGAACGGAAAGAAUCCAACUAAAGCGCCAGAACGACAGUGCGACCCAAAUACAAGCAUGGUGGCGGGGAGUAGCUGCAAUGCGGGCAACCCGAGUCCAAAUGCGGCAGGUGUUCGAGCAGGACGUGGCGGGGCUUACCGGAUUGCGCUGUUUGGUGUUGAUGGGUCGGGAUGAAGAGGUGUUGGCAAAGUGGUCGGAAACUAUGGUGGAGAGAGGCGAAAGCUCUCUAUAUGCUGCUGCGAGUCAACCGAGCUGGCUGGUGCUGGUCAGGCAAGCAUGCUUCCUGCUGCUCAGAUCAGUGGCUGCAUCCCCACAGUCCUCCAAUGUCGUCGCCCAUCUCCAAGUUAUAAAUAUGCUCGUCUCGCCAGACGUAGCCUCGCGACAUUUGGGUACAAAGGGUCGUGAAGCGGCUGGCAACAUAUUGCUUUAUCUUCUGAGAAGAGGUUUCUAUACGUCUCUGGCCGAAGCAAUACGAAGCACGCCAAUCGCGGAUGCAAAGACGUCCAAGUCAUUACCACUUCUUAUUCCUCUCACCACAGUUGCAUUCUCGGUAUAUCCAGCUACAAGCCAAGAAUACGCAGACUCGUUUGCGGCGUUAAUUUCUUCCAUCCUGACCAUCCCGCUUCUUCCCAACCGUUUGCCAUUGCAAAGCCUCACGCAUAUGUCAUCUCGCCUCCCUUUCGCUGCCCUCACCUCAUUGCCGCCUCUUCCCGAAAUCACCAUUAUCGACCGACUCCAUCUGCUCGCAAAUCUUGCGACUUUCAUUCCUCCCCGCUAUGCUGCACUUCCUGCACCCGCUUUAACAGCUUACGUGAAACUUAUCACAUCCAUUUUCAACACCCUCCCUCCAAACGCACUGGAAGGCGCCCCUGCAGCCUCUACCCCACAGUCGCGAAGUUAUGAUUCUGAUUCAGAGGACGAAUCGCGACCAACAGUAUCUGUUGUUUCUACAUUCUCUGCGACACCUCCACCUCCACUCCCCGUUCUUGAUGCCCGCACCCAGAAGCGUUUACAGACGCUAAUCUCUCCGUCCCACCUCAACACCCUCCUUUCCAUAACGCAGAAACAAUCCGAUGCCUCUCGUCGGGCGUUAUUUGACCUUAUUCUUGCCCUUGAAGGCAGCUGGCCUUCCAAACGCAGCGAAAUACUAGGGGCAAUCGUCGUCGGCGGUGCUGGGACCAGCGUUAUCAAGGAACUCUGGCGGGGCUCUGUCCGUCGCGCAAAUGCGUCUAGUAUUCUUCAGGAGUACACGCGGCCGUCAACCGCAAGCGAUGCAUCCAUUCCGGCACUGCUCUUCCUCGCCGAUUUGUAUAACCAUGCUCUGCUGACGAUGGGCGAUGACGAGUUUUUUGGGUCCUCGACUACCUCAGGCAGAAAUCCACUCAGCUUAGAUGAGUUGACGGUCUUCAGUCGGCUCUUGCUGGAUGUAGCUUUUGGGCUUUAUCAAGGACCACAGGAUACUGAUGCGAUGGAUACUAGCACUAGCACUACGGGGACUUCAGGCCCCAAAGGUGUACGGUUUACUUGGGAGGAGGUGCGAGAAAAGGUGACCAAGUGUUUGGUGGCUAUUCAUGCUCGCGAUUCUCGGAGACCAUUUACACCGCCGGAUCACUGGUUAGUUUCUAACCAAAUCGAUAUCCGAUCCUUCGUCGAGGCAGCAUUAUUUGAAGAGCAACAAAUUUCAACUGGGAAUGCUCGUGCGGUUACCACACGCCAAAUUGCGCGCCUUGCUCCCCGGCUGGGAAUAUUACACAACAUCCCGUUCUCGAUUCCGUUCUCGACACGUGUGCAGGUGUUUCGCAGUUUCAUCUACAGCGACAUACUUGCCCGCGGCGAAGAUCCGCACGGAAGCCGGCUGAACAUUACUGUCCGGAGGGAGCAUAUCGCGCAGGAUGGGUUUGACCGUUUGCGAGACGCUGACCUCAAGGGCCGGAUUGGGAUCCAGUUCAUUGAUCAAUUUGGAGAGGAAGAAGCUGGGAUCGAUGGUGGUGGUGUGUUCAAAGAGUUCUUUACUUCUUUGUGCAGGGAGGUCUUCGACACAGAUCGUGGACUUUGGCUUGCCAACAAGAAGAAUGAGCUGUACCCUAAUCCACACACCUAUGCAGUUGAACCUCACAACCUCAACUGGUACCGCUUUAUUGGUCGCAUUAUCGGCAAAGCUAUGUAUGAAGGGAUUCUGGUUGACAUUGCGUUUGCUGGGUUCUUUUUAGCGAAGUGGUUGGGAAAGCAAAGCUUCCUCGACGAUCUGGCUUCACUGGAUCCCGAGCUCUAUAAUGGUCUUCUCUUCCUCAAACACUACUCGGGGAACCCUGAAGAUCUUUCCCUCAACUUUACCGUUGCUACCGAUGGCGCGUUUUCCAUCUCGUAUUAUCGACCGAUGUCCUUAUUUCCUGUAGACUUCGGCGUUACCAAGACGAUAAACCUUAUUCCCAACGGGAGCAACAUCCCAGUCACGAAGGAGAAUCGACUCCAAUACAUAUACUACGUGUCGCACUACCGGCUAAGCAGACAAAUCAAGCAACAGAGCGAGGCCUUCUUCGAGGGCCUGUCCGAGAUCAUCGACCACAAGUGGCUCAAGAUGUUCAACCAACAGGAGCUGCAAAUCUUGAUUGGCGGGACCGAUUCGCCGGUGGACAUGGACGACCUGCAGGGCAACACGCAGUAUGGCGGCGUGUUUGACGCCAACCACCCCACGAUCAUCGCGUUUUGGCGCGUCGUGCGGUCGUUUGACCAGGAACAGCGGAGAUCGCUGUUGCGGUUCGUGACGAGUUGCAGCCGCCCGCCGCUGUUAGGCUUUAAAGAGCUCAUCCCCAACUUCGCUAUCCGCGAUGCCGGCUCUGACGAGCUCCGCCUGCCGACUUCGAGCACCUGUGUCAACCUCCUCAAGCUCCCGCGCUACUCCUCCGAGAAAGUCCUGCGCACGAAACUCAUGCAGGCGAUCACCGCCAACGCGGGGUUCGACUUGUCUUGA